UUGUGUGUCGCUUUAUAGAUCCGGGUGCGACUACGCAGGUACGGUCGAGUGGUCAUCGGUCACGGAAAGUUGGACGGUGUACAUUAUACGUGUACGCCCAGGGUUCAGGUAUUAUACAUAUGUAUAUGUAUAUGUGUCCAUUUUGCGUCCCCCUGCAUGAAACCUUGCGUAGUACCCUGAAACGAGGAGUGCCCCUUACGGUUUGUAUACGACGGAUGAAAGACAAUCCUGGGAAGUGGACUAAUGUACAAAGCCCCCUGAGGUGGAAAGGAAGUGGAAAUGUACGUCAAAUCAACGCACGAUGGCACCGCGCAUUCAACACCGGUAGACCGACUUUAGUUCUAUCCACCGAAAGGAUAUGAUGAACCCCCUGUUUCAACAACGGAGGGGAACUCCUCGCCACUCCUUAACUCACCAGAGUUCAUACGUUCAGUUUCAGCGAGAGUUACGAGUCGGAUAAGACCCCCAUUAGUAUCUGGUGAAGUUUCGCCGGGAAUUGAUAACGCUUCAUCAAUAUCUCCGGUCGCAUAUCCGAAAUAUAAUAACGACGUUCGAUCCCGUUACGCAACAAGUCCUACCGGACAUUGUUUCGCUCUUUGAACUUGUACGUGUGUUCCUUCUACCAUUUAUCUUCGAAUUCGCCGUAAACAAAACGUGGUGUGCAUCAGUUUUGAGGGUCAGAGUCAACCCUGGAUCAAAUAUGCAAACUGUUUGGAAUCACUCGUGACAUGCCUGUGCAGACGGGCGGGCAAAGUUGUCGUAAGGAUUGUUCUUGCCUGCUCUGUCGCGAGUUGAAGGGAUACCACAUGAAUUCAUACGCGGAAAAUCUGGGACGCGGUGUGGAUACCGCGAAUUUCAUUCUUCGGAGGGCGCCGCCCUUUGCGGACGUUUUUUCUGCGCAGAAAAAUCAGUGGCGCGGUAAACCUGAUAACGAUAUCGGCGGCGGAUACGAAUCGGGAAAAGUCAUAGCUGCCGGGCAGAGAGUCCAAGUCAGUGUAGGGGAACCCGUAUGCAGGAAACCGGAACCGCCGCCAAAACCAGCCAGGCGAGACCGAAGCCCGGAACGAAACGAAGGGGAUCAUCGCCACCGGACCGUCGUGUACUUCGGGGACACCAACAGGGUGAAAAGGGAAGCGGAAUCGCCCGCGGCUCCUGAUUUCGUUUCGGAACUGAAAAAAGUCCAGCAAAAAAAUACGGACAUUUGUGACAGAAACACCAACUGCGAUGAGCCUGUAGCAAAAUUGGAUAACAGUGAAUGCGAUCAAUUCGCUUCACCGCAAAUCCAGCAGGUUUAUCCGGAGAAUAACUCUGUCGAAGAGACCUCGAAUCGGGAGAAUCAUUUCGCUAGGAUACAAGUAAAAGCUGGAGCAACUCAAGAUGCUCCGAAUGAAAUCGUUCUUAAUCUGAGCCCUAGCAGGGCGGACGUGUUACGGAUCGAAGAGGACGAAAGUUCUCUCGAAGACUACUGGUCUCUACCUGGUGAUACAACGGGGUUCAAAGCGGAUUGGAGUUUCGUCCAACAAUGGCGGCUCAGAGGACCCACUGGGGGUGGUGGCCGAGAACUUUACUCUGCCCCUUACGCAAAGGAGUCUUCGGAGUGUCCGCAACAAACGGGAACCCACAAUAUGGUCCACAUGGUGGCUGAACGAGACACAGACAGCGUGGCACCGACGCCAACACCCCAUCAUCCGCAUCAUUCUCAACACCAUCAUCUCAGCCUACACGAACUCCGCGUUCUUCAGAGAAGACCAGAGUGCACCGGUAACAGUUCUUCGGAUGAGAAUCGCUCAUCCGGACACGCUAGCAUGUCCGACACCGGAGGUCAUACUAGCAGCAGUUCACCACCCCAUCGCCAUCACAGAACUCACAGUCCUCAACCCCUCAAAGUUGUUCCAGAAGACGAUCGUUUGUCAGCCUCUGUAACUCAGAGAAGCGCGAGAACCCGGUCAGGUCAAAAUCGUAAUAGGCAUAGGGCCACUCCCGCCAAGUUACAGGUGCCAUGGUCGGGUUCGGGACUGGAGGACAUAAAGCUGGCGAUUCAGCAGCUGACCAUGCGUUCGCAUACCUCAACUUCGACUUACUCAUCGCUUAGCGGAUCUGAGAGUUCAGAGCCUGCGGUGAGACGGCUGAUGCGCCAUUCCAGCCUCGAGACAAUCAAUACGAAUGUUACUAGUGCAGAUGAAUUCGUUUGGGUUGAUUCGCACAACAGACUCGUUGAGCUACAGCAACUUCCUUGGACUCAUCACGACGUCCUGAGGGUGCUUCAGAACGGGCGAACCAGGGAGCACAUGGAACGGGUAUCCAUGGAAACGAUACCAAGACUAUCUUACCUCCUGCAAAGAGCCCUCGUCAGAGUCGGCAGAGAAACGCAAAGGCUCGCGAAACCACUUGGCCUCUGUAGCAAACACGAAGUUUACAGCGCUUUUAAAAUCGUUCUUUGCCCUGCUUUGGCAGACUCCUGUACCAAGGCUUGUCUUCGCGCGGCUGCGAUGUUCGCCGUAUCUGGAGACCAGUUAAAACAGUCAAAAGGAUCAAGGGCAGGGCUACAACUUCCGGUUGGCCGAUUUCUCAGAUGGAUGUCAGAUGUAAAAUUAGGUAAAAUGGUGCACGAAUACGCAGCAGUUUACUUAGCCGCAGGGAUAGAAAAUCUUCUGGAAGAAAUUCUACUGCAAUGUGUUCCGAACGAACCACAUACAACUCUUACUGCGACCAUGCUUGAGCAUGCUAUAGCGAACAACGGUGACUUAUGGGGGCUUUUACAACCGUACGCACACUUGAACGCCGGCCGAAUCGCUUCCGGCGCCCUCGCGAUGCCGAGGUGGGCCAGUGUCAGUUCAUUGGGUUCCACGUCGUCCUCUCGCAGUGGAAGAGAGGCAGCUGGUUCUACGCUUGAACCAUCGUUACUGACGACUUGUGUGGGCUCCAUAUCUGAGCUGACUGAUCUAAUAUCCAAAGUAGCUCAAUCGGGGCGUUGCCCAGUGCCUCUGACACCCAGAGCUCUGAAUGCGCUUUUUUAUUACAUGAGAUGCUCACAACUAGAACACGGUGAGAGGGGGUCCGGAAUUCAAGAACUUGCGUAUGAACGAGCGUAUGUAGUUCUUCCUCCAUUGGUGGAGUGGCUGAGGGUAGCUACAGCGCACGCGGAACAUCGUCAUGGCAGUAUUUUGGACCAUGAUGAUAUCGCCCAAGCUGCUAGACUGCUUUUACCUGGCGUUGAUUGUCCGAUCAGACAUAUUCGCUCUGAGGAAGUCACGCUCUUUUCAAAACGGAUCGACGACGCGGAAUACGUCCGACGGCUCACAAUGGAAAUGGCUUUUAAAAUGCUUACUAGUUCUCGACCGGACCUCAUAGCUCAGGCGAUUCCAUUACUACCUUCAACGAAGCUGAAUACCGUAAAUGACAAUGGUCAUACUGCUUUGACUUUGGCCUGUAUAAAUGGCGAUGAAUGUGCCGUAGCCGCAUUGCUAGAUGCCGGUGCGGAUUCGAACGUAGAAAGUCCCGCUCCACUAUCGAGUCAAGUUUCGGGAACGCCAUCGAAAAAUUUGCUAAAUUCUAGCGGCCUUAAAAGCUCUCCGUUACCGAAAAAUUUAGGAGGACAGGCCGUAGCUAUCACGUCAACUAAAAGUGUUAAUAAUUUAAAUGUGUCGAGUUCCUCCGGCAGCAGCGGGUCCAACAUUUGCUGUACUCAGAACGGAUUCAAUGCGGAAACACAGCAUUGGACGGCUCUAACGUACACGGCUUUGCUCGGAAACUGCACUAUUGCUAGAAUGCUACUCGAAAGAGGAGCAACCGUUGAAGGUGGUGCUAAAUUGAGCGAAGAAAAAUGCACAGUUACACCUCUUCAGGUAGCAACUGCUGCCGGCAAUCAUGAAAUGGUGGCACUGCUCCUGGCGCAUGGCGCACAACCAUUUUUGUCGACCCUAAUAAAAGAUACCUUUUGUUACUCCAGUUCGGCACAGCGAGGAUGUUACAGUGCAAUAUCAGUGGCAGCGGCCCAUGGCCAAAGAGCGACUCUACAUCAACUAUUAUCGCAUCCGCUAACGACUUCCUCGAGACGCAGCGAGAAAGAAGUUCUAUCGCUAGAGGAAAUUCUUGCAGAAGGAAAUGCCGGUCAACAGCAGCAAACGGCAGAAGGUAGAGGGGGAAGAAGAGAUGCUAGGGAUCCUGUGUUUAGUAAAUCGCAAACGAAGACUCUACAAGAAGCAAUGUAUCACAGUGCUGAAAGCAAUCAUCUAGAUAUAACGAUGGAACUACGUGGUCUCGGGGUAGGGUGGACACUGCAUUGUUGGAUGCAUACGUUAUCAACUGCACAUGAUAUGCGAUUAGACUCAGUGAUAGAUCAGUUGUUACAAGAUUUUCUUCAAGUUUGCCCCGAUGAUUAUUCGACUCAAUUUGUCCAGGAAUGCCUACCGCUGUUGUUCAACAUCUUCAGGUACAGCAAGAAUAACAUAUUACAGAAAGAAGGAACGACUCUUCUCCUAGCUGAUAUAUUCUGUACUUGCUUUGGGUGGGAGCCAAUUAAACCCAUACGAGACACAACAUUGUCAAGUGGAUCACGAAUUGAUCCGAAAUUUGUUAAUAACCCGGAAUUAAGCGAUGUACAAUUUCGAGUUGAGGGCAGAGUUUUUUACGGGCAUAAAAUUGUUCUGGUUACUUCAUCUCCGAGAUUUCGAAACAUGUUGAGUUCUAAAUUAUGCGAAGGAAAUCCACCCAUAGUCCAAAUAAAUGAUAUACGAUAUCACAUCUUUCAGUUGGUCAUGGAAUUCCUGUACCACGGAGGAUGUGCGACCUUGGAAGUAAAUCAAAGUGACGUUCUUGAGCUAAUGGCCGCAGCAAAUUUCUUCCAACUCGAUGGAUUAUUGAGAUAUUGUGAGGCGCAAUGCUCGGCGAUGGUGGAUCUCGAUAACAUCGUUUCAAUGUAUAUCCACGCUAAGGUUUAUAACGCAGCUCAGUUAUUGGAAUACUGCCAAGGAUUUCUGCUACAGAAUAUGGUUGCGCUUUUAACGUACGAUGAUUCUGUAAAACGACUUUUAUUCGCCAAGAAACUACCGAACCACGAUGUAUUAGCGGGUCUGCUUCUCACUUUGCAAGCGAGAAUAAAAGCUAGAAGACCCCAGCAGCCGAGUAAUCUCAAUAAUUAGUUGAAUGUGUAUACAAACACUAAUUACACAAUAAUGUAUGCAUACUGUUAUUAGCGAGACUGAGGACCAAGACUUAUUUCUAGGGAAUGAAAGUUCAUGAAAGUUUUCGUGAUAAUUCAUGAACUUGGACGUACCGCAACUUAUUGUUAGCGGUUGUAACGUUGCGUUAGCUGGCUCUUGCCAAAUAUGACGAUUACUGCCCAGUACAGGUAUAAAAGAUGCCAUAUCACUGAAUGAUUUUCCAAAAUCUAGCCGAGAAAACUAUUCCCGCAAUCCGGCAACAUAGUUGUUUGGGAUGGGGGUCUCUUUGUAAUCUAUCAUUAGGAUUAAGUUGUGUACCGUCGUGUCCGACAAGUAGAUGAAGAAUAUCAUUCCGUUAUUGAUUAAAAAUCAUGAGAGAAAAAUAACCCGAACUUCGCUAUAAAUUCAUUUCGUUCGGUCGAAUAAGUAGAUAUGUUAUUAUAACAGAUAUAAAUUUGAAGUGUACAUUUUUUACGAGAAUCAAAGUUAUUUAUACCUACGUGCUUAUGUAUAAAUUUAUGUUGUAGAAAUUCCUCUUGCCGAUCUUUGUCAUUCGUAUUGUUCAAAGCGUACCUAAAGUAUUAGGUAAUAGCAUCAGGAAUGUUAAAAAAGAUUAAAACUAAUCGUAAGGGUCCUCUUGUGAUAAACGACGUCGGAUAUUUAGUUAAUUCAAGUAUAUGGAUAAUUAUUUACGAACAGCUAGCUAUCGAUUAAUCAACGUACCGUUGCAUCGAUCAUGUAACACAAAUUACUGUAGUACAUAAUGAUGCAGCAUGUAUAGAUCUUGAUAGAGGUAUAUUUUGUGGUGCCUAUGCUUAAUGUUUGUAGCACGAAUCCGCAUAAAAAAUUUCACCGUAUGAACCUCGUGUGUAUAGUUAAAGUGUUGACAAGAAUUCUGUUGGGAAGUUAAAAAUUGAUUAUAGAAAUUAAAUAUUUAUCGCAAGAGUUUUAUAUUUUUAUAGCAUUUUAUAGUUGAAAUAAGAUGUUUAAGAAUAAACACAUAUUUAAUAUCACAUUUCGUUUUAAUAUUGGUAAUAGAAUAAUUACAUUUUCGUGUUUCAUAUUAAGAGUACAGAUUAACAUUUGACUAAAAUCAGUAACGUAUUGUUAUAAUAAUUAAUAGUUCUAAUAAUAGCCGUAUAUACAGUUGUGGUAAGAAAUGGUAAUGAUAGUGCUCGGGAUCUCUCAGGAUGUGGAAUGCCUACAUUUAUUGUUUAUUACAUAAGAGUGGUUCAGGCUUUGAUAAAAAGGUUGCCUCAAUCUGUAGUGAAUGACCCAUUCAUGAAUGUGACACCUUCUAAGAUAAGCGUUUGUUAAAAACGAAGAGAUAUCAGCAUG